GCAGGGUGGCAAUAGCAAUGGUAACGGCUUCAUUGUUGAGACUUCCCAUGUAGAAGGUGCACUACAUCCAUCCUCUUACUUACGAGCCAGCACAUUCUACUUAGGGUGUGGGGUUAUUGGAUGCAACCUUGGUACUUGCAAUGGAGGCACUGACAAGAGCUCACAUGACCUAUGCAACAUUACAGAAGAGAACCUGUAUUUGAACCUAGGGUUUUGCCAUGGUCUUUGCAAGAUGACACUCAUAACAGUGCUUGGAGAACACACAGUGUCAUCACAAUGGAGGCGUGACAGUCACUCCACAAAACAGACCGCUGUUGGCUAUCUCUUCAUUGUUUCCUUUACCCAAUGCACUGCGAAAGGAUCCCUCUAAGGAAGGUCAAGUCCAUCCGAGAAAACCUCAGGGACAAGGGCUUGCUGAAAAAUUUCCUGGGAGAACAUCCUCAUGACCUGAUCCAGAACCGCCUGACCGUAGAGUCUGCCCCUCAGAAGAAUAUCUCUCAACAACCCCUGAGAAACCACUUGGAUUCGGUCUACGUGGGCAACAUCACCAUCGGAACACCCCCUCAGCAGUUCAGCGUGGUCUUUGACACGGGCUCAUCUGACACAUGGGUGCCCUCCAUCUACUGCCAAAGCAUGGCCUGUGUUACACACAACACCUUCGACCCUUUCCAAUCCACCACCUUACUUUUCCCAAGCAUCGUCAUCGAACUGCAUUACGGCUCUGGGACAAUGACCGGACUCCUUGGCUAUGACACCAUUCAGAUGGGGGACCUUAUCAUCAAGAACCAGACAUUUGGCUUGAGCCUGACAGAGGAUGACAUGGCCUUUGAACAUGCAACCUUCGAUGGCAUCCUAGGCCUGGCCUAUCCCAGCCUCGCCAUCAAAGGGACCACCCCCAUCUUCGACACUAUAAUGAAUCAAAGCCUCAUUUCUGAGCCUGUCUUUGCCUUCUACUUGAGCACCGAAACAGAGGCAGGCAGCAUGGUGAUGUUUGGCGGCGUGCUCGACUGUUACUACAAAGGAGACCUCAAGUGGGUGCCCCUGUCGAAACCACACUACUGGCAGAUACCCUUGGAAAGGAUCAGCAUGAAAGGGAAGAUUGUUGCAUGUAAACGCGGUUGUCAGGCCAUCGUGUCUACUGGGACCUCGAUGAUUGGCCCAAGGAAACAAGUCUACAACAUCCAUAAGCGCUUCGACGGCUAUUACCUCCAGGACCUGUACGUGAUCCCAUGUAGUUACAUGAAGACCCUCCCUGACAUCGUCUUCACCAUUGAGGGCAUCGACUACCCAGUGCCAGCUCGAGCCUAUGUCCAAGAGAUUGCUAGGGGACUGUGUGUGAGUACCUUUCAAGGACGAAGAAACAAAUCCAUUCGCAAUGAGAUCUGGAUCCUGGGGGAUGUCUUCUUAAGGUUGUACUUCACCGUUUUUGAUCGAGGACAGAACAGGAUUGGCCUGGCUCCCGCUGUAUAAAUGCUGGGGCUGCUUCCAGAAACAAUCAGGCCCAACCCCCAAACACACAUUCACUCACACCUAGGGCAUUCU